AUGAAUGACAACCCAGAACAAAACCCAUAUGAUCUACUUGAAAUCUCACAGGAGGCCACAGAAGCCGAGAUUAGGACAGCCUAUCGAACCCGCUCACUAAAAGUUCAUCCAGACAGAAACAGAAAUGAUCCUAAUGCAGCCCAGAAAUUUCAUGCAUUGACGACCGCUUCCACCCUCCUCCUUGAUCCACUUCGCCGUCUCGCGCUCGAUGCACAACUCCGUCUGCAAGCUGCCAAGAAGCAGCGCUUCGCAUCUUAUGACAAUAAGCGUAAGGCGAUGGUCUCUGAGUUGGAGGAGCGGGAGAAAGAAUUCAAAAAGGCGCGAAUGGCUAAGGAGCAGGAGAGAACCACAAGGGAGAGCGAAAACAUGAGGAUUCGUGAGGAGGGGCGACGAAUGCGGGAGCAGAGGGAGAAGGAGCUCGAACUGCAGGAAUUGGAACGUCAAUGUGCGAGGACGAAACCCGGGUCAAAUGGAACCGUCGAAGAAGAACCCCUCGUUCCGCCACCUCCCACUGAUUUGGAUACAACAAUCCGUAUCAAAUAUGCUCUGUCAUCAUAUCCUGCACUUUCUACAGCAUCCGCGCUCACAGCCCACCUUCGACGGUAUGGUAAGAUUGAUGAAGGGACGGCGGUGAUGUCACAGAAAGCCAAGAAGUCGAAAAAGUCCAAGGGACUUGUAGACGGCGAGGUGAUAGUGACCGCACUGGUGCCAUUCAAUCAGUUGGGCGCUGCAUUUGCUGUGGUAUCGAGCGCCGAAUCGCUGAAAGAGCGGGGCAUGGAUGUGGCAUGGGCAGGCGGAUCUGAGCCUCCGAUCCUAGGCUGGCUUCGCGAACGCGGAGAACUCGGAGGACCCGCGGCCAAUCGUGCCGAGCCGUUCCCGACAAAGCCUACUCCGGAGGGAACGACAUUCGGUUCGUUUCCCUCAAGUUUUGUAAGUCUGGCUCACUCGGAUCUAUUCGAAUCACUGAUUCUCCUCUUUGACAAGCCUGCUUUUGAUGAGGUGGUACCGCCACCGCCACCUCCUGCUGCAAAGGCGGGGAUAGACUAUGAGUCGUUGACGCUCCUCCGUAUGCGUGAAGCUGAGCGUGCACGCUUAGAGAAGGAGAUACUGGAAGCAGAAGCUACUGAGGGCGGCUAG